AUAUAUAACAGUGUCAUCGAGAGGAUUCAGUGAAUAGUUGCACAAAACACUUCGAACGAACAUGAUCGAGAUUACGUUGAUACUUUUGAGCAUUGGUGGUUUUCUUUGCGCCCCUGCAGAUCCCGAUCAUAAUCAAAGGUAUCUAGAUGAAGAAAAUGAAGCAGAGGUAAUCAUUGCAGCAGAACCACUUCGUGGGGUGGAUAACCUCCAGGAAAAAUCCAUUCCCAUUUUCAGAUUAAAGUAUCCAAGCUAUGUUGGUAAAAAUAAUCUCCAGGAAAGAUUGCAGAUACCUUUAAAUCUUCGUGGAACCGGAAAUCUUCAUGAGAAGGGGAUGCCAAGAUUCGUCUUGAAAACAUCUGUAUUGAAUGAGGAUUAUCCUUAUUCUUCCAGGUACCCGAAGAACGAUUAUGAAAAUCUUUAGAUUUAGGAUAAAAAUGUUAUCAAUUUUCUAAUAUUCUUUUUGAAUUAAAAUGAUCCUUAUCUUUUGAAAGAAUUUGCAAGAAUGUAAAAUACUUACUGGAUGCUAAGAAGAAAACUGAUGUAUAAAGCUAAUUUCUAAAAACUCCUAUAAUAAAAUAUAAUGUGUAACACCGGAUUAUUUUUGUUUAAAUCAAAUUUUUUAUACGAAAUUCUUUAGUUAUUGUUGAAAGACAAUUUAUGAUGAUAGUUAUAGUUCACACUUGAAAUAAAGGAAUUUCAACAAAAAGAAACAAGGGAUAUAUUUCGGUUUUAUUCCAUAUUAGACAAAGUUAUAAUAUUACUAUAUAUUGUUAAAAGAUUUGUAUUGAUUAGUAGUUUCAAUUAGUUUCAAUGAAGUAGAAAUUUAUCCUACAGAAUAUGAUAUUUGUUAGUUCCACGCUUCUUUCGCAGAUGCCGACACUACCUGGAUUCCGAGUAUCAUAAGGUAGAGUUCUAGGAAUUUAACAAUUUUACGUAUCCGUUGAGAAAAGUUUACUUAAUUUUCUAUAGAUGGCACUCUCAUUUAUUUUUAAGAAUUCGUUGUAUCUGAAAUUUUGUUAAUAAACUUUCACUCACACAAA